GUUUGGCAAUCGAUUACUUAGUAAAAUAUAUCGAAAAUGGCAUCGAUACAAGUAAAAUGCAACGCAUUAAGAUGUACAAACUUUCAAUUUAUUAUCGCUGAAUAUUUAGACAGACAGAAAAGGAACAGACAGACACAGACAAAAAAGGAACACCUUGUGCUGGCAUUGCAAUUGCGUAUAGAUGAGUUAAAGGCAAUUCUCCAAGAGAACAACGAGGAAGAAAUCUCAAGUCCUGUACAGCAAGUAGAGAUAAAUGACAAUCAGAAAGCGACGCCAAUAUUCAUUGGUGAUACUGUAACAUUUGGAGCAAACAAUACAAAGGCCGAUCGGAGUAAAUUCAACAAUAUAGACUGGGAAUGCUAUUCGCUGGCAACUCGGGCUCUUCUUGACGCAGUCUUUGACAAAAGAACAUUGGCCACAUGCACAAUAUCGGGCAAACAGCGAGGCAUAAUAAAGUUAUUUGGACAACUCGAUCCGCUUAAGUUUAAAGACAUUUUGCAACUUGUGCAGGAAAGGUGUCAAGUGAGUGAGUUACAUGUAAGGAAUAUAAUUGUCAAAAAAUGCCAGGAUACGAGGAGACGAUUCAAUCGAAAACAGCGUAAAUAAUUUUAUAAUGAUUGAAAGGCGAAAAACAAUGGGUCGUCAUUAUUUUUAAGUGUACUAGAGAAAUAUGCUUUUAAUUGCGGAAAUAUAUAUUCUCCAUUUCAAAAAAUAGGAUGUGAUAAUUAUUCAGAAUUGCGCACACUUCCAUCACAUUAAAAUUGCAAACAAUAGAAGAGAGACAGGAAGAGGGUGAGAGAGACAGUUAAAUGCAGCAGCGCUGUUGGACUGUGUUGGGAUAAUGAAUAAACCCAAAGUUGGGAUGCCUGAAAGCGUGUUCAAGUGCGGAAAAGCUGCAAAAUUAUUGUCAUACAAAAGUGCUUUUGAAGCACGGACCGACCAUCAUCAUCAUCAUCAUCAACACUCUGCAUUUGCAUUACGCAAUGAGCCACUCGUAAACGUUGCAAACGAUUUUGCGACAUACUCCAAACACAGUUACAGUCAAAAAUGAAUUUAAAUCACAGUUUCGGCUUUUAAAUUUAUAGCGAAUCAAUAGUUGAUUGUGCGACGAUAGCAUCUGGCAAACAUUUCACAAUUAUAAAAUGAUUUUUCGAACUUCCCGCAAUUAUUCUUUGGCUUUGAUGGCGAUAAUUGUCGAGCAAAAUUAGUUGCCACUGCUGACCCUGGUAUAAAAGUCGAAAUUCAGAUUCAAACUGUCAGACAGACAUCGGAGCCAUGACCAGCCAGAGUGUUAGGACAAUCAAGAGUGUCUACUUCCCACUCAAUUGGCGGGUGUGGCAACUAUUGGGAGCCGUCGCCUUGAAUGACAGAGCAUACGAAAGCCAUCAGUUCUGGUUUGCUGUAGUGCUUAAUCUGCUGGCCACCGUCGUGUAUCCAAUGACGCUGCUGAUGGCCAUGUUCAGCUUUGAGCUGCCACUGGACAAUCUGAUGAACUUUAACAUAUCCAUCACAUCGGUUGCCACUGUGGCCAAGUUUCUGAUGUAUACCCGACGCAUGCAGAAGCUAAACGAAUUUGAGCAAGUGCUCGUUGAGCUGGACAAGCGAGUGGACCACGACAUCGAGCCGCAACACAUGAUGCACAAAUCCAUGUGCAAAGAGCUGAGCUUGAUCACGAAAAUGUAUAUUGCCACAUUCUGUUGUGUGGCCAUCACAACGGAGUUGCCCUGUUUGUUUAUUGCUGAACGGACGCUGCCUUUUCCCACAUGGUUUCCGCUGGAUUGGAAGAGUUCGUUGAGCAACUAUGUGAUUGUUUUGACCUAUCAAUUUCUGUCCAUCACAACGCAAAUACUGCAGAACUUUGUCGAUGAUCUCUUUCCGCCGUUGACACUCUGUCUCGUCGCAAGGAACUGCGAGCUGCUCAUCAAUCGCAUUGGCCUCAUUGGCUACGAUGAUCAAAGUGAUGAACGAACCAACGAACAGCUUCUUUUCAACUGCAUACGUGAUCAACAGCAACUCUAUAGACUUCUUGAUCUGGCCAUGGACAUGAUUUCGGGGCCCAUGCUGGUGCAGUUCAUUGUGAUUGCCAUCAUUUUGGGCACAGCGAUGUGUGGUCUGGUAUUCUACGUGGAAACCCAACAGGAUCGUUUCUACUACAUAUUCUUCAUCUAUGGCUUGUUUAUGCAAAUAUUUCCCAUCUGUUACUACGGCACUUUGGUAGAAGAUGUUUUCGAACGUUUGCACUAUGCGGUUUUCAACAGCAAUUGGGUUGAGCAGAGCAUCGUUUAUCGCCGGACUGCCAUCAUCUUUGCACAGCGAACUCAGAAAUUCCCUAAGUUAUUGGCUGGCAAUGUUAUUCCCAUUGCGUUGACCACUUUUCUAGGCAACUGCAAGGGAGCCUAUUCGUUCUUUACCUUGAUAGCAGACUCAAGAAAAACACCUCAAUAAGUGCAUAUAUGAAAAAGCUAUGAAUAUCUUAAGAUGCACCCUUUCUUUUUAAACUAAAAUUUCACCUUAAAAACUAGUAAAGAGUAAUUCUUUAAGGACUGCCAUCAUCUUUACCCAUGGAACUCGGAAAUUUCCUAAGCUACAAUUCGUUCUUUACUUUG